CGUCCACAAUUUCCAUUUUGACAUGGCCGAGGAGUGGGCGGAGCAAGCCGAGGCCUUCAAGGUCGAGGGCAACAAGCUGCUGGCUGACAAGCAGUUCGCCGAUGCGGUGGAGAUGUACACACGCGCGAUCGAGCUUGACCCUGAAAAUGCUGUGUAUUACAGCAAUCGCUCAGCAGCGUAUUUGGCUAUGGGAGACGCACGCGGUAAAGCCCUCAAGGAUGCGGAGAAGUGUAUCGAACUCAAGCCUGAUUGGUGGAAAGGCUACAGCCGCAAGGGUGCAGCCGAGCAUGCGCUACUGCGCUUUGACGCGGCGCGUGCCACGUACAAUGAGGGCCUCAAACUGAAUCCGGACAAUACGUCGCUGCUACAAGCGUCGGAAGAGGCUUAUGCUGCCGGACAAGAGCACAGUAAGCAGCUGAAAGAACAGGCUAAAGAGCAGGAAAGGGUGAGGAAAGAGGCUGAAGAGAGACGAGAACAGGAGAAGAAGAACGAGCCGAAUGACGAGGACGCACUGCUGGCUGAGUUCAUGUCGGAAGUACAGGAGCUGGAGGAAAACGCCAAUUGUAUUAAAAAGGAGGAGAAGGAGAAGCCGCCGGUGGAUUUCGGCACAUCCGACAAACAGAUUGAGCGAUUACUGCAGCCUCAUUUCAAGUGGAUCAACUUGAACCCAUUUGGAGUACUCAUGUUGGAUAUCGAUGCCACGGAAGAGGACAUGAAGCAGCAUUACCGGAAGAUAUCGACGAUGGUGCAUCCGGACAAAUGCCGCAAUCCGAAGGCUCGAGAGGCGUUUGAAGAGGUGAAGAAGGCGUACAACCUCAUCACUCAGGAAGACCGUCGCAAGAUGUUUAUUCGUACGAUCGAGAAUGCCACUCAGGAGGUUGAGAAGGAGCGUCGUCAGAAGCUCAAGAAGGGCGUUAAUGAGAGCGAACUUGGCGAUCUAAAGGAAGCGGUGGACAAGGCUGUGAUGCGCGCGUUUGCAGAGAUCGAAAACCGACGUCAAAAUAUCGAGAAGCGCGAAGCAGCUCAGCGACGACGUGAGGCGGAGCAGGAGGAGAAAGAACAGGCUAAAGUCGCGAAUAUGUUUAAACGCGAACGCUCGUGGGCGGAAACGGACCGUCGAGAGCAGCGAGUUGGCAACUGGCGAUCGUUCCAGAAAGGAGGCAAGCGACGGAAGGAGAUGGAUGCUCAUGGAUGGAAAGAAGAAACAAGGGACGAGAAGAAGUUCGGAGAGGCUGACAAUGACGGGUACAAGCGAGGAUGGAAAUAAUUUAGAGGCUCACGCAGCAUUUCUGUCUUGUGCAAAUACCCAGUUGACUCUAGUAGGGAUCGAUCUCCAUCAUGUGGUCGUCUUGGGUGCCAUUGCUUGGUGCGUACUGCUGUUGCUGUGGAUGCAUCCCUGCUUGGCUGGCCAUGUACUGUUGCUGCUGUUGAUAAGCGUACUGCUGCUGCAUUUGGAGAAGGAACGCGUCCAGAUGACCCACAGCCUGCUGUCUACUUGCUUCCGGCCUUUAUCACAGUACAGCAUCAGCAUCACAUGCCUCUGAUUACAUCCUCACAAUGGACUUACCCAUAGAUCGACAAUGUCAAUACAUUCGACACCGAUGGAGAUGCUGAUGCCGAGUGAGAAGGUAGUACGAUAUAAGUCCCUGUAUACUCCUGGAACUUGUCCAUCGUUUCGCCGCCUUCCCCAUGCAGCAUCGGUAGCAGUUCGCGUGGUACUUUAUAGUACGUCACUUCCGAGAGAUCGAUGUUCUUGCUCCGCUUCGUUCCUUUGUGAUCGACCACCAUCCCGUCCUCAUUCACGUUAUCAGCCUCUACGUUCUCAUUACUCGACUGCGUUCUAUGCAGACUAGAACUCGACGACGGAGUGCCAGCAGACGGAAGCGACUCUGUUGCAGACGGCUGGAAGUUAAAUACGCGCUCCAUCGCACGCGGGUUGGGCAUAAAUUCCUUCCCCACGAAGGUGAAGUCGAUGCAGUGCGAACGCACCCAACUGCUCGUCAAUCUCUUGCCAUGAAAAGUUCGCUAGCAAUACACACAUUCUUAACAUCAGCAUAAAGAGCUGGAUACAACAACUCC